UUCCGCCUCGUUUAUACAUCGUAAUUUAGUGAAUGGAUUCAAUGGCCAAUGACAAAAAAAAGCAAGCGAUCGAGAAUCUCUUUGCACAGUACGCGGUCAAGCAGGGUGAGCUAACGAAGCAAUACGACUCGAAUCGCAAAAAGCGAUGCAAAAUUUUCCUCCAGCGUCUGCGAUACACACUGAAGCGCAAUGGCGAAAGUCACCAAACGGAAUGGAACGAAAUGCUGGAGAAUGUCCUGCUCGACAGCGUACCGACGCGCAAGUUUUGGAAGCUAACCCGCCACGACCACUGGUUCCGGAGUGUGUUUGAGUGUGAGGACAACAACGAGCUAAUGCUGCAGAACUUCCGGAUGGAUCGGGAAACGUUCGACAUGCUGGUGGAUACGCUGAAACAGGAUAUGGCUCCGCACCCGCUGCUUGUGACACAGUCGUGCAGCACCGAGAAGAAGGUGGCCGUCGGUCUCUACAAGCUUGCGAUGGGCGGUGACUAUGCCACGAUCGGGGAGCAUUUCGGUGUACACAAAGCGACGGUGAAAAACUGUGUCUUUCAAUUCUGCAAAUCCAUGGUGAAGUACUUUAUGGAUUCGGAGAUCUCGUUGCCGCUGGGUGAAGAGAUGGUGGAAAUAGCCCGCAGCUUCGAGGAAAAGUGCGAACUGCCCAUGAUUAUGGGAGUGCUCGGCAAAAUUCACAUUCCCAUCACCCCGGCGGCGGCUGAUUCCAAGAACUACGUCAAUCCCAAGAAAUGGCAUUCUCUCAUACUCCAAGGAGUGGUCGACAGCAAUUACGUCUUUAGGCAUAUUACCUGCGGGCAUGUAGGCUGCACCGAGGAAGGCUCCGUACUGGGAGACUCUGGCCUUUACCAGCACUUCAAUAACGUGGAACUGCCCUCACAGGUGAUAAAUGAGAACGUGGUCCAGGCGUACAUCGUCGGAGAACCAUCGUACCCGUUGCUGCCAUGGCUCGUACACGGGUACAUCAACACGCCGCUCUCGCAAGAGGAGGAAACAUUCAACGAGCAUCUGGCGAAGGCUCGCCGAGUCGUGGACGAUUCGUUUAAUCGGUUGCGUGCCCGCUUCAAGAUCCUACAGAAGAAAAUAGACAUCGACGUCAACUUCGUGCCACAGAUUCUGCUAACGUGCUGCAUACUGCACAAUAUAAUCGAAAAGCGCAACCUACCGCUGAACGACGAGUGGCUAGAGGAGAUAAAGCUGAUGGAGCCAAAGUAUCCCCAGCCAGACGGCGGACACUUGAGCAACUACACUACCACACUCGAGGGCGAUGCUGCUCGCGACCUACUGAAAGAUCAUAUUCAGUCCAAGUAUAUGCUCUUCCGAACGUUCGAGUACGGUCAGGUGUACUUUAUUAAUGAGCCGAACCACUGAUUUGCGGCAAUUAUAUUUUAUAAUAGUUUGGCAUUGAAUAGAUUAAAUUAAACGAAUAGAUCACGUGUUCGAAGUGCUUGGCUUGCCGAAAAAGUCCGCGCGUAAAGGUUUGAAAGAUUGAAAAGUGGUUCAAUUUCGGUGUCUCUGUGGAUCACUCGUCAUAAACGCGCGAAUGUUUUUGUUUUAUUUCCUUCAUUUUUUGUGCCGCUUGUUUAUAACUUAUGCUUUGGAUUAGAAACGAUCUCUAACUGACCUGAAAUGUUUUUGCACGAGAGGUGGAAUUGUUUAAGACCAAUAUCGAUAUUUUCAUAAAUUUCGCGCAACUUUCACCUCAGUAGCCGCCUUGUAGUUUGAACAACGAAAUUUGAUUUGAAUAAAUGAAACUGGAAUUCUAAUUGAUAGCUGUCCUGCAAAAGUGAAACCAAUAA